AUGGCCGCUGCAAUUUCAGCUGUUAUGCCUUCAACAUACCAUGGUCUGUGCACUUUUCAUAUUAGAGUCAAUUUUAUGAAACACCUUGGAAAUUAUUACAAGGAUGGUAGUAAUCUCCCAUAUAGAUUUGUUGAAUGUAUGUAUGAGAUAGAAGAUGAAAAUGAGUUUAUCAUGACCUGGGAUGCAAUGCUAAAAGAACACAAGCUCGAAACAAAUGAAUGGUUGUGUGGCAUUUAUGCAUGUCGAAAGAAAUGGGCAAAAUGCUUCAUGAAAGGCGCUGGACUGCAGGCAGCUUCUAUAUACUCUCCAUACAUGUUUGUUGCAUUCCAGAAUGAAUGCGAUGAAUCCACUACAAUGGUGAUCUUGGACCAAAAGCAUACUACAAUGCAUGUGGAAUACAGUGUCAGUCAGUAUGAUGGAGGAAGGGUGAGAAGAGUGACAUUGAAUCCAAUAACUAAAGACAUUACUUGUAGUUGUAAUCUUUUUGAGCAAGAAGGAAUCCUAUGCUCACAUGCUUUAAAGUUGUAUGAUAUGGUUGGAACAAAAUUUAUUCCUGAUCAAUAUGUGAUAAAGAGGUGGACAAAGAAGCUAUUAGCACCCGAAAUGGUAAGACUUGCUACCAGAACUGCCAUGUCAGAAGCCGCUACAAAGUUAGUCAGUAGCGUAAUGUUUGAAUUGUCAAAGAGAGUCGAAAUGCUAUUUUGUGGAGAAAUAGAUGAAAUAACACAGAAUAGUGGCUCAAUGGAUCUAUGUAAGGAAAUACAGAAAUCAGAAUCCUAUCAACCCAUCCAAAGCCAAACAUCAAUCAAAUGUUUGUCAUCGAAUAAGGACAAGGGGUUGGAGCGGUUGUCAGACAACCGCUUGUAA